GCCCGGGCAGCUCAGCGUUGCAGCGAUGUGGCGGAUGCGGAUGCGGCUACUCACUGGCUACCUGGUCCUGCUGGCCCUCGGCCAUCUGCCGGAGCAUGGCGCUCUGGGCCAGAAGUACUACAUGAACUUCGCCUUCAACAACAAUAAUCCGGAUGGAGAAGGAGGCACCGGCGCCGAUGGUGGCGCUGCUGGUGGUGGUCCCGCUGGUGCCGGUGGUGCAACCAGUGAUCGUUCACAAGAAGGUGACGGUAGUGCGGCGACGGAUCGUCCCAAUGACGACCACGCUACAUCCGCUGAUAAUAGUUUGGCUACUGAUGGCGAUGCCGGUGAUAAGAAAAGUAGUGGAGAUGGCAAGAGCGACUCCGACAGCGAUUCCAAAGACUCGAGCGGAGGCAAUGCUGCCACGCCAGCGAAUGGUCAUGACGAUGAUAACGAUGACAGCGACAGCAAGGAUGUCAAGGAUCGGCAUUCGAAGGAGGAUGCCGCAGCGGAGGGUAAACGCACCGAUCACAGCCACCACAGUAGCUACGAGAUCAGCAUCGACGACAGCUUUGGCGGGCGCUACGUGCGCUCCAUUUACGAGAGCAGCGAGAGCCACGGCCACUCCGGCAGCAAUGCCGGCUCCAAUCAGCGGGACAGCGGAGCCCGCGAUAGCAGUCAGGAGACCCAGACCGCCAAGGAAAUGGCCAGUGAAGCCCCUGCUGCACGGGCACCUCGCGUCGCUGGCAACGUGCCGGAUGGGCCCGAAACUGGAGCCAAGGAGGAUGACUACGAGGAAAUGUAACACCACCGGGACAUCUGACUUCAGGUUCGCUCGAGGGACUUGGAAAGGACGCAGACACUUCAAUUGAUUUCAUCAUUAAAAUGCCAAUAAAAUUUAAAUACCAAAA